GUACUAACAAUAGUUUCUACAUUGAAAACACAACUAAGAAUAAAGAAUGACGUUGUAUAUCUUCUUGAUUUCUCUUCUUCUUCUCUCUCUUUUGUCAGCUGUUGUCUCCGACGACGCAUCUUUCCAGAAACUUCCGGUGCCGGGAAAGAGGUCAGGCCCUGAAUCUUUUGCCUUUGAUUCCACCGGAAAAGCUUUCUACACCGGAGUCUCCGGUGGUAAAAUCCUCAAGUAUACUCCUGACAAAGGUUUUGUCGAUUUUGCUCAGAUAACUAAGACUUCAACUUCUUCGUGGUGCAAAGGAGUAUUUGGAACCGCAUUGGCCAAGAAAUGUGGCCGACCUGCGGGGAUAGCCUUCAACCCAAAGACAGGUGACCUUUACGUCGCUGAUGCUCCAUUGGGUCUUCACGUUAUCCAUCCCGCCGGAGGUGUGGCCACAAAGAUCGCAGACAGUGUUGACGGAAAGCCCUUCAAGUUCCUCGACGGUCUUGACGUUGAUCCCACCACCGGUGUCGUCUACUUCACUUCUUUCAGCUCCAAGUUCAGCCCCAGCGAAGUGUUUAUCGCAGUGGGAGUAAAAGACGCGAGUGGAAAGCUCUUCAAAUACGACCCAGCGACCAAAGCAGUGACUGUGUUAAUGGAAGAUCUAAGUGGUGCGGCUGGUUGCGCCGUGAGCUCUGAUGGUUCAUUCGUGCUGGUUAGCGAGUUCAUAAAGAGUAACAUCAAGAGAUAUUGGAUCAAAGGACCAAAAGCUGGAUCUACUGAUGACAUCUUCUCAAGUUCUGUCUCGAACCCCGACAACAUCAGGAGGAUCGGUUCUACUGGAAAUUUUUGGGUCGCUUCCGUUAUUAACAAGGUCGUAAUGCCCACGGACCCUUCGGCUGUCAAAAUCGAUUCUAAUGGAAAAGUGCUUCAGACCAUUUUUCUCAAGAAUGAGUUUGGUAAUACAUUGCUCAGUGAAGCCAACGAGGUCGACGGCAAACUGUAUAUUGGAACUCUUACUGGACCUUUUGCCGGAGUUAUGAAACUUUAGAUUGGUAUUAGGUGAUUGCCCACGUUUGUGACCAUGUUGAAAAAGUCCCUAUUUAUGAUUAAAUAUUAAUCUAAAUUAAAGUGAUAAUAUCCUUUCAAAAUUCUAAACAAGGUUUGUCAACUUCCUUCCUUUUUUCUUGGUUGUAUUUGAGGAGGGAUGUUUCCUUAUAGUUGUCUUAUUAUAUGUAAAUAA